CGGAAUACGGGCGGGGAAAAGUAACGUCUGAUUUGUGUCAAUGCUGAACUUCGAGGAAGUGUUGGAUAAUUUCAACUGAACGAUAUUUCAUCUGACGAGCAACGAUGGACAAGUUGCGUCGUGUAUUGAGUGGUCGAGAGGAGAAUGAAGAAGUGGGACUUACAGCUCAGAUCCUGGACGGCACAACACUCGGUUUCACCACACGGUUGAAGUGGUUCGUCAUUUGUUUCGCAUCAGGGAUCUUGUGCUCAAUACUUGGAACUGCACUCCUUUUCUUGCCUAAAGCUGGCAUGAACCUGUUUGCUGUAUUCUACACCCUUGGAAACGUUGCAGCAAUUUCAAGCACCUGUUUUCUGAUGGGUCCACUUAAACAGCUGAAGCGUAUGUUUGAGCCCACCAGGAUUAUAGCCACCAUUAUGAUGCUGCUAUGCCUUGUGUUGACAUUAUGCGCAGUGUUUUGGUGGCACAAAAAGGGUCUGGCGAUCCUUUUCUGCAUUUUGCAAUUCUUGGCCAUGACAUGGUACAGUAUCUCCUACAUUCCAUUUGCACGGGAUGCUGUCAUGAAGUGUUUCACCUCCUGUUUGAGCUGAAGUGUCCAGUAUUCCUUCUGACGACAGGUCCUGCCUUGCAAGAGUGUUUUUCUCUUUCAUUUCAGAACUUCUCCAAGACCUUAAAAAACGUUCAUGUUUUGUCUUAAUCAUUUUUUUAAAAUAUUGUGUAAUGUUAAGAGUGAAUAUGUAAUAUUUGCAUUUCUUACAAGCCUUACUUUUUUUUUCUAAAGCUUUUGUUGUUUUUAUUUUGUGUGUGGCGGAUGAUUACAUGAUAAACUGCCAGUUGAAACGGAGUGAAGUGCUUUAUUACGUGUGAUGUUUAUGAAUGAAAUCUACUACUGCUCACUUUUGUACAGAAAAAUACCUUUCUACCAAAUAUAAUAACAAGAGAAAAACCCUAUUCUUAUGAUGCAACAUUCACACCAAAUAAAUAAAUACAAUACUCA